CAUAAUCUUGAAAGGAACAAAGAACAACAGAGCGAAAGCGAGUUUCUUAGUCAAUCAUCAACUUAUUAUACAUUUUUAGCUGUGAAGCUGCCAGGAGACGCGAAAUUAAAAGGAAGACGGAUUCAUGCACAAUCCAUCAGGUAAUGAUUAUAUUUCGGAGAGUAUUUUUAUUCGUUACGUGGAGUGAUUCAUGUCUGAACGCAUCUUUGGUUGAUAGCGAAUAGGUUCAGUUUCAAUAGCGCGUCUUGUUUACAGCAGUCUUGCAUAAUUUUCGAUUGCGAACGGGUGGUGAACAGAAAGUCUCAUGAUGUUUUGCCAGACAUUUGUCAAAUGGCAAAACCGUUCUGUAAGCUUAUUUAUUUAGUUCCGCGCUGUCGAGUGUACGCUUACGCUUCUGUACUAGCGAUUGCUGUUGAACUUUAAACCCUAACCCUAAGCAACUUAAUCUUCAAAGAUUCAGUAUUUCGAUUCAAAGAUACAGCUCUGUAAUGCCCUCGCUUCAUUAAUUGAAGAAAUGGCUCACGUUUAAUGUCUUCCAAACUUAUAGUGAAAAAGAAACUUAUACUAUGCUUUUUGUUAGUUCACAGCUGUUAUCUGGGAUGAACAGUUUUAUAUGUGCUCGCAAUUUAUCCAAUUGAUUAUUUCCUUUCAGCGCUAUAACAUGGCCGCUCAGAGGAAUCAAUUUUCCAAAUGUUUAAUAGGAAUCCCAACUUCUCCGAGUACACCCAGUAACACGAUUUUGACAGAAUCAGGACCUUUGCACAUCACGCCUCAGGACGCGAUUGACUCAGAGCUAGAACCAAACACUCCGUUCAAAGUAAGCUUAUGUGUGUUUACGCGGUAUAUUAACCUAUAAGUGCUAAGAUGAUAAAUUUUAACAUGCUCAAUUGGCGGUCAUGGCCUUAAAACUAUUCCCAAAGUCAUUUAGGUUAUUUUGUAAUCUACCUUUUAGGAAGAUUCCCUUAAUAAAAUUAAAUUAUUAGAUAAUUUCGUGUUCAUUUAAGAAGCCUAAAUUUCGAAGGCAAUGAACAGUGUUUUGCAUUUUGUCACGGAAGUAGAAAAAAAGCCCCAAACAAUGAAAUUUUUGAAACGUUUAUAUGCAACAGCUGGUUCCAUGUAAAGCUUUCUUUUGUUUAUUUUUCAAAAUAAAUUACUCAUUGUUUUACAUGAAAAAUCAUGUUCCAAAUCUUUGGGGGUAAACAUUUCUUUAUUAAAAGGAACAAUAUAUUUUAAAUUUACUUUCAUUUCCUAGGAAACAAGUGAAAAUUGAGUAUAGUAUAAGUAUAUAAAGUAUAGAAGAACAAGGUUUAUCGCUCUAUUGAUAAAAAAAAUUGUGACUUUGGAAAUUUACAAUGAUGACUUGUUUUAUUUUUCUUAAAUGAAUUGUUUCUAUGAAUUUUCUCUUGGUAUAAGGAUUGUUCUGUUUUCUUGUGGCAAGCAAUAAGCUCUCUCUGUUGGAAAACACUGAUGUGUGGCACCUUUUCUCUCCAGGUCUUUGGCAUAUUCCAUGCAGUCUUAUUGAUUGUAUUAUUUGACUUGUAGUAAAAUGAAUUAUUUGGUGUAUUUCUAUUUUCAGGAUCCCAUAAACUCCUACAAAAAGAAAUCAGGAAAACUUGUUUCAAAACGAAAACUUUUUAUGCAAAGUGGCCAAAAUUCUCCUGUGAACAAAGGUACAUUAUGCUAGUUAAUUGAUUUUCUAAUACUGCCAGUGUAACUAAUUAAUGGAGUGCCAUUUUUUCACCAAACAAUUUUUUUGUGAAAAAAAAAUUGCAAAAAAAACUAAGUUAUUGUAUUUCCUCAAAUAGCUCUUGGGCACUAAAAAGGAGGGGGGGUGCUUUUUAAGUUAGGAUAAAAAUAAAAGAGAACUGAUGAUAUAUGUUAAGGACCUCUGCAAGCAUAUGGAGAUAGACAAAACAAGAAGGGAAAAAAAGCUAUUCUCUUGUACUGAUUUGAAAUGAGUUCAAAAAGGCAAUAAAACUCUUUGACAUUCUCAUUUUAGAAGACUCAUAUAUUGACACUUGACAAAUCAGUCAAAAGGUCAAGCUUUUCUGAAAUGUUUUAACUAAUUGUAGCAUGUUUUUUAGCUGCCAACAUGUUAUAUCCUUAGUUAGUCCUUAGGUAAAUUUGUACUUCUAAUCCUGAUAUGAUAUUGUAAAUUUAUAUAUUCUGUAAUAGUGAAUUUGUCCUAUAGACAAAAUUAUUAGAUCAUAAGUAAUUUAUGGACACUUGUAUAACGGUUUUACGUCUAACAUGCAACUCACCUAGAAUAGCACUCAAGCUAACUGUGGAUGCACAAAAAAUUGCAAAUACUGAGUAAUAAAAUGUAUGUAUGUAUAAGAAAAUGAGGGAGGAAGGGGGUGCUUAUUCGAGGGCAGGCACUUGUUUGCCAUUAUGGCCUUGGGGGUGGGUGCUUCUUUGAGGGUGCUUAUUAUUGAAGUUUGGAAAGCAUUUGACUCAGCUUUUUUGAACUAUUUUUGUUAACAGCAAGAAGACAGGCUACAACAAAGACUCCAAAGACUUCUCCUAUAAUCUCACUUCCUACAGACAGCUCUAGACCUAAUUUUCCAUUGACAGAACGUCAACAGUUGCAAUAUCUCCUCGAAGUAACAGCCAGAGAAGCAAAACAAGAUUUUGAAACUGGUAGCAACAGCAGUGAUGAGCUGCCAAUUCUUUACAACAGGACAAAUGCUAAGAAAGAUGUGAGCAAGGAAAAUCAAAUUGAGAUACGGAUACGAAAGAGGAAUGUGCGUGGAGAAACAGCAUUGCAUGUUGCAGCAAUAAGAGGAGACUUGGAGGAUGUUGUUGCCUUGAUAAAAGCUGGAGCAUUGGUAAAUGCCAAGGAUAAUGCUGGUGAGAUUUUAACAGCUGAGCUGGUGAAUUGAGUUCAAAAGCUUCACGCUCAGUUGUCAAAUGGAAAAAGUUUUGCCAAAAUAGAUAGUAUUGUUAUUCCAUGAAAAAGUGCAAAUUUCCAACUUUUCUUGUUCUAUUCACUGACCUAAGACUUUGGACAUUAAACAGAAUAAACAGAAUAAGACAGAUUGUGAGUUUCAGCUUACCUGUUCUAUCUACAUAGAGAAAAACUUGUUUGGCGACUUGGAAAUUGGCUAUUUGAUUUCCAUAUCUGACCAGGAGGACUGCUACAGGAAUGAGGGGACUGUGGUCUGAUUAUGGUUUGGUACAUGCACAAAGUUAAGCAUUGUUAUUGUUUUUUAAGGGUGGACACCCCUCCAUGAAGCUUGUAACUGUGGUAACCUAAGUAUUGUCCAGGAAUUAGUCCAGAGCGGUGCAGAAGUGAACAGUCCAGGUUACACAGCUAUUACACCAUUGCACGAUGCUGUAAUUAACGACCAUGUGGAGGUUUGUACUCUGAGAAAUAAAGAAUAAUACAUGGACGCAGGUAGAUAUGGAAUUUCUCUUUGAGUGUUUGCUUCCAUAUCUUACUUGUGAAUUAUGGGGGCAAACACUUGAAGAGAAAUUCCAUAUCUACAAACAACCAUGUAUUAUUUUGUUUAUCAUAUAAACACUAUAAGCCCUUACUGACAUUAAAAGUCAACUUUAUUAAUGAAUGAAAAAAAGGAAGGGUCCACCAUCAAAAAAAAAAUCAUAAAGUGCUUUGGCGAUAUGGCUCAAGAUGAAAAAAUACGUCGAAUUACAACAAGAACAAACAAUGGGCAUGACUUUCAAUUCACAGAAUUCUCCAUUAUUGAAUUUUUAGGUACCAACAGUAGAAACCUCUCCUCAGGUACACAGCCAAAAUUGACAUUUGGCAAAUCUUCCAGUUGUUGACUUUCUUCUCAGUGAUGAAAACUUCCAUUCCCAAAGUCGAGUAACUUGCAAUUUUUCUUUUUGUAUUUUGGUUUUCUUCUGCUUUGAAGAAAUUUUGAACGUCAAUGUCUGUAAACGAUAUAACAUUUUCAGUAAUUUUAGCAGCCAUUAACCAAGAAAUUUUCCACAAAUGACCUUGGAUUGAGAAUGGCUAACGCUUUGUUGUUUAUCAUCCACCUGACAGAGCAGCAUUCAUGUACAUGUAAAUAGGCUUCUGAUUGUGCUCUGGCAAGUUGUGGCAAAAAUGUGGAGACAGUGAGUUUAAUUAUGUAUGAGAAUGAACUUAUUUUUUAUUUUAAUUUGCUUUGUUUUACAGGUGGUUAAGUAUCUUUUGGAGAAUGGGGCAGAUCCUAUGCUCCAAACAUCUCAAAAUUACAAUACAUUCACCUUAGCAAGAUCUGAAGAAGUUCGCUACUUGCUGAAUCCAGAAGAAAGAAACAGAGAUGUAUACUCUGUGGAGUUCCAAGAAAAUAUUGCCUAUGCACAACACAGGGAUCCUAACUUCAGUAUACCAGAAAUCAAAAUCAAUGGAUUGAAUAAUCCUUACACUCAAAGAAACAAUGGAGAGGAUGUAUUAGUUGAUGAGAUGGAAAUGCAAGACUCUAAAGUGCUGUUGUCCCAAAGUGCUUCAGUUCCGAAUCCAAAAGAUGUGGAAAUGGAGCUGUACAUAACUCCACAAGACACCUUUGGAGUCAAUAGGGGAAACUGUGGUGAUAAACAAAAUUUCUAUACUCAGCAAUUUCCAGCAUAUUAUGACUUUCCUGGAAAUACUUACCAUUGCAUCGAUGAAAGAGAAGCAGCUUGUAGGAGAUUGCCAUCAAAAGAAGGUGCAGGAAGGAAUGAAAAUUUGCCAGUUGAAAGUGAUUAUGCAGGUUGGCAUUUUCAGAGGCCUCUUUGCCACGCUGUUGUUGCACAAGAGGUGCAAGUCAGAAAAAUUGUCCAAGGUGUAGAUGCUGACAAAAUUAAUCAGUGUUGUGAUUUUGAAACUCUAAAUCCUCAUUUAGGCAUAAAUGAAGAGGCUUGUCCUCAAGAGAUGGAGCCACCCAUUGCUGUUGAUCCUGGCCUGAUGAAUAUUAAACAGUUGACAACCAAAAAACUUGGUCUGCCUGUGACAUCAGAAUAUGAGGAGGACACAGUUAUACCAGAGAAAUUGAAUGAGUGUCUUGAUAAGGCAAUGACUGAGAUCUCUUCAUACCUAGAAACCAGCCAAAAGUUAGAUGUUGAAGUACCAUUUGAUGAAAGAGAGUCAAAAACAAAUGGAGGACAUGAAUCAAAAACAGAUAAAUCUUUGAACAGUAAGGGGUUGUUAAACGGAUUUUCUGAUGUGGACUCUCCACAGAAACUUGCCUCUGUAGAUCUUGCCUCAAAGCUUUACAGUAACAAUUACCACAAAGAAGAAAAAACACCUGAGCCUAAAGAAGAUGAGCAAGUUUUACCUCGUCAAGAAGUAAGUGCUGAAGAAACUGAGAGGGAUGUUGUUGAUCAGCAACCAAAUGCCAAUUUCACAAAAAUGAAGACAAGAAGUGAGAGGAAGAAGGAUGGAGCCACGGCAGAGAAAGGAACACGGUCUAUCAGAAAGAAGAAGGUAUCAAGGUCCUUGGAUGUAACCAACAGCCACUGCAGUCAGACCAAAGAGGAAUGUACAAGCCACAUUCAAAAUUCCUCCUGGAGGUCAGACCUACCUAAAUACCGAUACAACAUGUCCACCUUACAUUUGAGUGUCCCAGGUUUUGAUGAUUUCCUUAUAAACAGCAAAGGCAAUGGAUCAAAAUCUUUUUCAGAUAGGGUAGGUCACAUUUUGCUACACAUCUUUCAGUCUGCACAUAAGACUUAGUAGCUAACAAUUAUUUACUAAAGUGGAGGUAAAUAAUGGUGGAUGUUUACCAAGUUGCAAAGAGGCAAGAUAAAUAUCUACCACUUGCACCAGCAAUGAAGUGAAUAAUUGUUUUAGUAUAUACUCUACAGAUACCCAAAAAUUGGUUGAUAUCUUUUAAUAUACCAAAAAAUGGUCGGAAAGUUUGUCUCACUGGUUGCUCAGAGGUGAAUAGUACUUGUUAUUCACUUCCAAACUAGCCAACCAGAAUCUGCAAAAUGCACUAUUCACUUUUGUGGUAUAUGUUAUUUGUAUAUACAUGACAGAACUUAUCCUGGCCUCUACUGCAUGAAGCAAGAAGGAUUGGAUCCGACUGGUUUGAAUGGUAGUUCAGCACAAGUUAUCCCCAUUAGUAGUAAGGGUCCCAGUGCAGGUAUAUUCCCCAGUGAAGGUACUCGUAAUCAUAAUCAUUAUAAUAAUUGUCAUCAGCAUCAUUCCAUUUUUUAUUUUGUCCAUGCAGAUCAUGGAUGAUUCAACAGAGGGAAACCGUUUGGCAAGGCUUAUGUCUCAACAUGACACGGAAAAGGUAAGUUGACCGCUAGACUUUGUCUUUUCCAUUUUUUCAUUGCAAGGGUUACAAAAGAACUGCUUUUGCUUGGCCACUGACACAAACUGUCCAGUGCGAUGACUGAUAAUGUUUAAACUCUUUAUCAUCUUUGCUUGCUUUGUUCCUUUGCACUGAUUGGCACAACUGAAUUUGUUAAGUGUACUUGUUUUGGUUCUUCUGUUUAUUAGGUCAAGCUACGCAUGACUUUAGAGCAAGAGUUGGUCCGGCUGUAUGGAGGCGUUGCUCGUAAAUCAGCUGGAUAUCAAAUACCGUUCAGUGCCUGUACGGUGAUCUCAUCACAGAUGCGAGCUCCUGGAAUAAAGGUACUGUUUAUGCACUGUUUACUUUCUUUCAUACAAAAUUUAUGGGAGUGCAAGAGAAGAAUUAUAGACAGCCUAGCCCACUGUACCUGUACAGGUAAACGCGUUGGUUAGUAUAAUUUAUGUUGGAAAAAUUGCACCGCGUCGCCAUUUUUAAAUGCACCCGUCGAAAACUCGUUGAGUGGUGGGUUUUGUAGGGGAAAACUGCUUCAAUCUACACAGCUUCGGUUUUGGCUUCGGUUUCUCUUGAAUAAAUAAAGAUUUUUCCCUGAUUAGAUGAUAAACAGUCGCCGAGUUGGUUGUAACCUAUCUCGUAUCCAACAGGCGCGAAUGAAAAAAAUUGUUUUAUAAAUUUCUUUAAAUUCUGGACGUUUGGGUAUUUAAAGCCUUUUCCAGCCCCGCAACAGUUUGCACAGUGCAUUUCCUUAUAAGGUGACUCGGAAUAUGAGCUGGUAACCGGCGUGGAGUGAACCAAUCAGAACACUAGAAAUGCAAUAUUCGGAGUUUAAAAUUUAAUAUUAGCUACUCCUGUUAAAUACACAGUAUUUUUCAAGAACAAGAAUUAAAAAAACAACAACUUUGAUCAAUUCAUUACAGCUUAGUGUAGAAAAGGAGCCGAAUAUAUCCAUUAAGCUAGAGGUGGACAAGAUUUUGAACAAGUUCAGCAGGCUUAAGGUAGGACUGCGUUCUGUUGAGGCCUAUAAAAGCUACUGUGCUUUCUAUUCCGUUGAGUUUCAUUACGUUUUUGUUGAAAAUAAACUCCACAAGGUCGUUAUUUUCUCCUUUGCCAGUAGUGUUUUCUUUCUUUAUUUCAGACACAGAUACUGAACCGGCAUAAACGAGAAAUUGAGACGAUCUUCGCAUCAGAAAGCUUAUGGAGGGAACAUAAAAGUGAGGAGAACACCAUCUUUACUAAUAGUAUUUUUAACUGCAACAAUGAGCCGCCUAAACCUGAGGACCUUGUCAGUUGUAGCAUACUCACAUACAUGUAAUGUCUCAUUUUCCGUUUUUGUCUUAGUGUUCCCAGUUUGAUAUAUGAUGUGCUACGCCCGUCGUAGAUGUUGCUCUUGUUAAUUUCAAGCCAUGAUUGAUUGUACGUGUCAUAAAUCCUUGAGACCCCUGACUGUAAACGUGCAACAUUCAUUAAACGGAUUUGUAGCUAUUAGUUAUUUGAAACCUCCCCGUUGUUUUACCGCCAAAAUGUGCGACGCGAAAGAUAGUUCCCGUUGUUUUCCCACCAAAAUUGUGUUACGCGAAAGAUAGUUCCCGUUGUUUUCCCGCCCAAAAUGUGUUACGCGAAAGGUAGUUUCCGUUGUUUUCCCGCCAACAUGUGCGACGCGAAAGAUAGCUCCCGUUGUUUUCCCGCCAAAAAUGUGUUACGCGAAAGACAACUCCUGUCGUUUCCCGCCCUGAUGUUUUGUAUUUUACCUUGCACAUCCUUCAAACGUUUCUUUUGUCAUUUCGGCUUUCAGCAUCUUUUUUUUUCGUACAAGCUGAAACUGACUUUUGGCUCUCAACUAAUUUUGUGUCUUUUAUGGUUUUGAUUUAGCUGAGGAUAGUAGAUGUGUGACGAAAACUGGGAUGUACGUGAGCGAAGACUUUGACCUCCUGCCUCCCAAGUUUAGGGAUUAUUAUGAAGAGGUUUUGUGUGCCAUGGACUGAAUACAAACCAACCGGAGAACCGGAAAUAGUUGAAAGCUGUCAUCAUAGAAGGGAGACAGUUGCGCGGCUUUUUCGACGUACUAGAAUUAUGAACCGAAAACAAAAAAAUCCCAACUAGAAAACAUAAACACAAAUAACAAAACUACCCUAUUCAUUUCUGUGUGCUUUACAUAUUUUACUCAGCCCGUUUUCCAUAAACUGUUUUCACUCGUCCAUAUUAUGAUACUUUCCCUCAAAGGGAAUGGUAAAGAUUUGUAAAGGAAACUGUCGUUGAACGUUUAAUAAGAUGAUAUAAUUGUAAAAAAUGUUUUUUUAAAAGUCGGGUGAUUUCCGUUAUUUUACUCAGCCCGUUUUCCAUAAACUGUUUUCACUCGUCCAUAUUAUGAUACUUUCCCUCAAAGGGAGUGGUGAAGAUUUGUAAAGGAAACUGUCGUUG